AUGUCAGACCCCAACGAUAUUCACAGUUCUCACAAGAGAAAUGUCCAUGCCAUCGCAUCAAACGAAUUUAUUAAUCCACAACAUUCUGAAUCGCAACAUGAACCCUCAAAAAUAAAUUUAAAAUCCAACUUGUCACAAGUAACAUUGAAGACAUUCCAAGAAAAAGAUGAGCUGCAUGGGGAUAAGCCAUCAUAUAUAACAUCAAACCUUAAAAAGAAGAUUUUCACGAAGAAAAAUGAACAACAACAAAUUCAAGAAGUGAUGAGUCGACUCAGACAAACUUGCUUCAUCACCACAAGAGACAGACACAAACAACAUGAAUAUAGAAGUAAUGGUUUAAAGAUAAUCAAGUAUAUAAUAAGCAAGUUUUCAGCCGAUAAACUCUCAUAUUUACAUAUGGUUCAUAUUUUAUGGGGGUAUCUAACGUGCAUUCACCAUUUUCAGACCAGACUCAUUUUGAAAAGUGGUAUUAUAAGCUGGAGUAGGCAAAAGAAGUUUAACAGGGUGGCCAAGUUUCUCGACGACUUGCUUAAGUAUUUUCCGAAAGGAUCCCAUGUUAUUAUUGUUAGCGCAGUGAUGACGUUUUUCAAAGUGGGAAAGUUGUGGGAAAACGAACAAGUUUGCCAUUUGGUGUUGGGAAGAACCAUGACAUUUACCAUGAAUAUUGAAGAUUCCCUUCUCUUCAUCAUUAAUACUGCAGAAGAAUUGUCGCUGUCCGAUUCGAGUCAAGCGAGGGACGUCAUUCAGAUUUUGUACCAACUGUUGCAAUUUAUGAAGUUUCAAGAUCUAUCUGAAGCCUUUAUGACUAAAUUGAUGUACAUGUACCAACUAAGUAUCGAUACAUCACCACGUGACAAGUUCAAAUACGGAUAUCUUAAAGAAGGGGUUCAAUAUUCCCUAAAAGUGUGCAUUAAGUAUUUUCCAAAGCAACGCAAAUCCAAAUUGUUAGAAUUGAUCUUAGAUAUUGUGGAUAAACAAAACCUGUCUGAAAAUGGUAUCAUCAACUUCGGUUUGUUGGCAGAAAUGGCGGCUUUCCGUUUAAUGUACGAUUCCCCUUUGCUUUCAAUACCGAAGAAAAUGCUGACGCUCUGUUUCAAAUUCAUCAUAUCCCAUUGCGUGUACAAAAGUCUAUUGGGCUUGGUCGUCUACCAGAACCUUUGGGAUCGGUUUGUGAACCGUCCUUACUUCAGUACUCCGGUGAUCUUUAAGGACGAGGGCAAUUAUCAUCUGACUUUUGGCUCUUACACGCCACAAAGCAAGAACUAUUUUAACAACGAUUUGAAGGACGCCUUCCAAAACUGUUUCUUGGACUGUCUGAGGCACAAUUGCAACAACAAGAUUGUUCUCGAGCACAUUUUCACAUGCAUCGCACUAAAUUUGUGCGACUUGCCGUGUGGAGUAGUGGCUUCAUCCGCCGCCUGUUUGGCUAUGAAAAUACAAGAGUAUUCCCUAAGCGCACGCGACAGUCUUUCUUACGAGCAUCAGUUCCAUCUACAUGCUAUGGUAGUAUCAAUUUUGUCUUUGAUCUGUUACAUAUUCCAAGCGGAUGAACUCCACGAUUACAUCAACAGGAUAAUACACAAAAGGGCAAUGUUCGGUCCGCAUUUGCUUCCUCCUUUGAGGCCCACGUACGAGUACGCACCGCACCACAUAUUGUACAAUUACGGGGAUUUCUACGUAGAGGACUGGGAACUCAGAUACGGCCUGUGGAAAUGUUUCAGGGAACAUCAGAUCGUGAACAUCAGGGAGAAGAAAAACACGAACUUUCCAAAUAACGCCUGACAACCCGAACUGUGGCCUAAUUAAAAUUUGUUUAAUGAAAGCGUCCGUUUUUCGGAUGCGACUGAAAACGUGUAGCGACGUCGGAAUUGGGGGAGCCGACGGAGGUGGGAGUCCUCUCGGAAGGCCAUCCUUCGGAAACGUUCGCGUUAUCCUUAUUUCAUUACGAAUGCGUCCGCUUUCGUCGAUUUCGCGUGGGCGACGUGAAUUAUGCGAUGCCAUUAAGAUUGGAGCUCUCGGUUGCGGCACAGUUUUUUUUUUCAACGUGCAGUCUGAUGGAAAUUAGUCUGUCAUCGCACUUUGUUUGUUCGUAAAAAUACUGGUUCGGGUUGUUCGAUCUAAAAUAAUCUAAUGUUGAUCGGCUCAAAUUGUAAGAAGAAACAUUGUGACAAAAAAGUCACAUACUAACAUUUGCUUCUUAUAAUUCUCUUUUAUUAAAUUAAAGAAAUUUAAUCAA